AUGUCGACCAGUUUAAAGAUUCCUCAAACCGGGCUGUCUCUCCACCUCGGAGAGCAGUCCGGGGACCUCUCCGUAAGGCCGAAUCAGAUCAUGCGGCUGAAUUUGGUGCAGAGCACCCUCGAUGAUCUGAUUCAGAGUCUGAGGAAGGAACAACCGGCUCGACUUCGUCUAGGGAAGCACCCUUCACUUCACUUCGGCGGCAAAUCCCACUCAUUCCAUGCGUAUCCUGAAACACACCGAUCCGAGAUAUAUCAUAGCUCCGAUAAAGAGUCCCUGUAUUUCACGGGUAUUUUGAGCCAUAGCCUGGAGGUGGAAAAGGCUAAAAAUGCUACUGCGGCCACCGAUCAGGCCCUGGCAGAUUUAGAAGAAAAACUGAAUGCUCACGAGAGAGGGAAAGAGUCUAAGAAGACUCACAUAAUUUCACAUCCCGAUGAGUUGAGAGGUCUUCGGGGUAGCAAGUCUGGCUACAAAGGACCUACAAGCAAGGUUGAACUUGAAAAAGACCGCUUCCUCAAAACCGCCGCCAUUCGAUCUUUAACCGCCAGCCCAACACUGGGUGCCCCCAAGUCUCCUGCGUUCGCAAUGACUCCUACUUCUGCUCCAAUCAUGCAAGAUAAGGAUCGUGAGAGGCUUGAAGCCGCCAGGACUCCUACCAUUCACCUGCUCGCCAUCCGUGCCGUAUCGGCCAAAUUUCUUGCCCGCCAGACCCGCAUGACAAUCGAGGACGGCACUAUCCUCUGUGAGAAAUAUGGCACGCAGAACCGCAUCAAUGCCGAGAAAUAUGGGUUGAAGGACAAAUUUUACAAGGAACUUGACCCCUGGAACUUCAAUUACACUCCAGACGAUCGAACCUCAGCCAUUGAAGGUUGUAUCUCUGCUUACGAUCGGAUGCGGAUCUCCAAGAGCGACCCAAUUUGGCAAAAGCUUCUCCCAAAGGCCGAACGAGGCAAAGGAAAGUGCCUAUCACGACUCAAUCUCCGUACUGCUCCCCCUCCGAAGCCCGUUGCCUCCAAAGCCAAAGUCAAUAGCGCUGAGAACAUGGGCAAGGACAAUGAGACCGAUCGCGUCGCACCCAAGGGAGCUACAUCUGAGCCCAAGUCUACAUCGACCUUGCAGAAGACUCGAACUUCCGAUAAGGAUGUGACCAAGAAGUCAACCAAGCUCAAGAGCACCAACAGUACCCUUACUGGACGGGUCACCAAGAAGGCCGCCGGGAAAACUCCUGCUAAGCUAGACGGCAACAGCAAAAUAAAAUCCGCUGAGUUCGUCCUUGACUCAGAUGAUAACGAUGACACCGAAAUGGCCGAUGCGGCUCCUGCGCCUGCACCCAAGCAACAACCUGAACACAAGCGAGCUUCGUCUAACCCAAAGACUCAGACACCGAAGAUCAAGGCCCCAGUUAAGCCUCGUGCUACCGAGGCCCCAUCUGAUUCUGCUACCAAGGUUACUCCCAAGGUCCCUAAGCCUGAGACAGCAAAGCCCAAGCUUGAACCAACCAAGCCAGCCCACAACGUUACAGCUUCCAAGCGUCCUCCUUCCCGGCCUUCCACCUCGCCCCAGAAGCCAUCCCCACUCGGCCAUUCUCCUCCCGCCAACGCUUCCGAUUCUACCGGUCGCAACCGAUCCGACAGUCAAAACCAAUCAUCUGGUUCAUCCUCGUCGUCGCCUCUGAUUGCCCAACUUGCCAAAACCAAUAAGGUGGCCCGCCCAGCUGCUUCCUCUGACAAACCUGCUGCCAAAGUGCCUGCUCACACCAAUGGUGUCGCCAAAACCGCUACCAAAUCGUUGAAACGCAAGGCGGAGUCUGACCAGUUCUCCGUCCCACAGGCAGGACGACCCACCGGAAAUCUGGAGGCUAAGCGCCAUCGAGCGGUCAGCACCUCCAGCGGUGGUAGCACAGGCAGUGCUUCUCCGCCCAUGAGCCAUGAAAUCCUUUGGCAGAAAUUGCAGAAAAAGUCUCGGGAUUUCAAGCUCCAUUGGGCCAAAUACAGGACCUUGCAUGACCACCUUUCGGAACAGCGAGCUCCACCCACUGCAGAGCUGGAUCGUCUGAGGCGACAGCACAAGCGUCUGGAAGAAAUGAAGAAGGAAAUCUGGGAGGAGGAUCGCAAACUCCGCCGCGGUCUUCGUUCUUGA